ACUUUUCUCCAACGCACUCAGUCGAACAACGCGAUCCGGUAAUGAACGUAACGAACGUAAGAACGCAUUAGAUCAUAGUCGGUGACACUGCGACUGCCGCGGGCAGAACGAGACGGAGACAUAGUGGAGAGUGUUAGCGCGCGAGUGGGACAGAAAGAGAGUGGAAAGGAAGUGGACUGACUCCCAGAACCCAAGGGAUUUCUAUAUGUAAAUACAUGUGAUUUUAUAGACUAUAAAGUGCACAAACAGAGGAAAGCACUCAUUAUGCAGAAUAUGUGGAUAAUUUUCACGAUUAUUGGGCUGGUGGUGCUGGGUCUAGUGAUUCUGCUAAUUAUGGCAGCGCGUUAUCAGCGGGACUAUUGGCACUAUCUGAACAUUCCGCACGAGAGACCGAAAAAGCUAUGGCCCAUCGUUAGGCAAAUAGUGACACAGAGUCUCAGUACCGAGGCGAUGAAGACGGCUCAUUACUCGGCACUCUACUCUAAAUUCAAGGGCAGCGGACCGUUCUGCGGCUUCUACGCUCUGCUGCAGCCGCGGGCUCUGAUCCUAGAUCGCGAACUGAUCAGGCAAAUAAUGAUCAAGGACUUCUGGAACUUCAAUGAUCGCGGGCUGUACUGUAAUCAGAAAACGGACCCGCUUUCGGGGGACCUGUUCGCUAUGCGCGGUCAGAGUUGGAAGGAGAUGCGCCAGAAGCUGGACCCCAGUCUGGAGAGCGAUCGCAUGUCCUGGCUGUUUGGCAGUCUCUACGAGGAGGCGGAACAGCUUCUGCUUACCGUCACCUCUACGCUGAUGAAGCAGCCGCAUUCCACGCUCCACAUACAGAAACUGAUGCGGCGAUAUGUGCUGUCGGCUCUGGCCAAGUGCGUCUUUGGCCUGGAUGCCCAGCAGCGGCUGAAGUACUCCCUGGAGGACUUUGAGAAAAUGACUGAGAUGGCCGUGAGCAGUCACAAGCACGGCUAUUUGAUGAAUCUGAUGAUGAUCAGGUUUCCUAACUUUUGCCGCGUUCUCCAAAUGCGCCGGACCCCCAAGCAGGCGGAGACCUACUUCCUCACUUUACUCUCGGACAUCGUGGGGCAACGCGAGGCGUCCGGUGUGCGGCACCAGGAUUAUCUGCAGCUGCUGGUGGAGAUCAAGGCACUGGAGCUAAUCACCCAUCAAUACCAGGCGGACAAGGAGCUGAACACCCAUCUGCAGAACGAGCUUGCGGCCCAUGCCGUCGUCUUUCUGAAGGCGGGCUACGAGCAAACGGCAAACACCUUGUCCUAUAUCCUGUACGAGCUAGCAAUCCACACAGACGUGCAGGCCACGGUGCGGGAGGAGAUCAAGAAGGCCAUGGAGCGCCACGACAACAACCUGAACUAUGAGUGCGUCCAAUCUUUGGCAUAUCUGGGUCAGGUCAUCAACGAGACCCUCAGGGUACAUCCCAUCACGCCCUAUAUACUCCGCCGCACCCUCACCGACUACCAGGUGCCCGAUCAUCCCAAUUAUAUGCUGGUCAAGGAGCUAUUCCUGAUCAUCCCCACACAUGCCAUACACCACGAUCCCGAUAUCUAUCCAGAGCCCGAGGAAUUCAAGCCGGAUCGCUGGGGGGGCCCAAGAGACUCGCUGCAAGAGCAGGGCACCUGGUUCGGCUUUGGGGUGGGCGCCCGCAGCUGCAUAGGCAUACAGUUUGCCCAGCUGCAACUGCGCCUGGCUCUGGCCUUGCUCCUUAUGGAGUACGAAUUUACUCUAAACUCGAGGAAGCCGCUGGUCAGCCUGGAUGAUGGCAUUGCGCUACAGCUGACGCCCUUGGGGGUCAUCGAGCCCGGCACCGAGGAGAGGGCUGUCUGAGGGAUUUAGUCAUCUACUUAGAAAGUACGGAUACAGAAUUUAAACCAUGAACAAAGUAUAGAAAGCAAUUUAAAACUAUUUACUAACGAAACUAUCAAAUAUGUAGGUAUAAUAUGGAGAAC